GUCGCUGCUAGGAUCAUCUCUAGUACAUAUGUGUCAAAAAGAGAAACCAACCUGUGCAAUACACUAAAGAAACAAAUACUUUUACUCCAAAAGUAUACAAAACCUACGAUGCUAUUAUUAAGCUUAGCAAUUAUUAUAAAAUUUACGGGACGUUUUGAGCAGAUUCACGACUUUUCCUCUUCUUUGUGUUGAAUUCAAUUACAUAAUAAGACUCAUUGUGUCGAUGACGGUUGUACCACACCUCUAAUAGUCUAUCCUUGUUUAACUACAGCCGAACUAUUUACCACUAUCUCGUUUCAACAGUUGAUUUUGACGUUUUACAUUGACGUUCGAGUUGGACGAAAAGUGGCGAAUUCCCAAAAAUAGAAAAUACAAAAAAUUGUGGGGCAUUUUUCAUCAAACUUUGAUUCGUUUAGGAAUCCAGAAAAGCUUGAAGAAUGCAGGGUCUGUCACUGAAGUCACUGCAAAAGCACAAAGCUUUGCUGCCCCUAUAUUUCUGCGUUGGAUUGGGAUGUGGAGGUGCCAUCUUCUACACCCUGCGACUAGCCACCAGGAACCCUGAUGUACAAUGGAACAGGGCUUCUGGAGAAAUUUCCAAUGAAGAGUUCAGGACGAAGCAAUACAAGUUCUACUCCCCGAACGUGGACUACUCUAAACUGCAAAGCCCUGCCCCUAAAUAUUGAGGUGAUAAACUAUAUGAUAGGUAGUCACUAAUGUAUAGAACAUUCUGUGUUAUAGUAUCAAUAAUUUAAUAAACUGUAUGAAAACUUGCGCGUA